UUCAGAGGCGAGCAGCAAUAUUCUGAUCCACGCAGCUGUAAUGUCAAAACCAAAGGUCAAGAGAUCAAAGAAAGGUCCAAACUCUUGAAUAAAAGGACAUGGCAGAGGGAGAUUUCAAGGGCCUUUUCUAGCCCACCCAAAGGACAAAUGGGGAGCUGUAGAGUGGGAAAAAGAAUAAUGGAAGAAGAGUCCAGAACAGGCCAGAAAGUGAAUCCAGGGAACACAGGCAAAUUAUUUGUGGGGGCAGGAAUCUCAAGAAUUGCAGAAGUCAAGUUUGGAGAGUGUGGGCAAGGUUUCAGUGAUAAAUCAGAUGUUAUUACACACCAAAGGACAGACACAGGGGAGAAGCCCUACGUCUGCAGGGAGUGUGGGCGGGGCUUUAGCGAUAAGUCAAGCCUCCUCAGACACCAGAGGACACACACAGGGGAGAAGCCCUACGUCUGCAGGGAGUGUGGGCGGGGCUUUAGCCAGAAGUCACACCUCCUCAGUCACCAGAGGACACACACAGGGGAGAAGCCCUACGUCUGCAGGGAGUGUGGACGGGGCUUUAGCGAUAAGUCACACCUCCUCAAUCACCAGAGGACACACACAGGGGAGAAGCCCUACGUCUGCAGGGAGUGUGGGCGGGGCUUUAGCCAGAAGUCACACCUCCUCAGACACCAGAGGACACACACAGGGGAGAAGCCCUACGUCUGCAGGGAGUGUGGGCGGGGCUUUAGCGUUAAGUCACGCCUCCUCAAUCACCAGAGGACACACACAGGGGAGAAGCCCUACGUCUGCAGGGAGUGUGGGCGGGGCUUUAGCGAUAAGUCACGCCUCCUCAAUCACCAGAGGACACACACAGGGGAGAAGCCCUACGUCUGCAGGGAGUGUGGGCGGGGCUUUAGCGUUAAGUCAAGCCUCCUCAGACACCAGAGGACACACACAGGGGAGAAGCCCUACGUCUGCAGGGAGUGUGGGCGGGGCUUUAGCGUUAAGUCACACCUCCUCAAUCACCAGAGGACACACACAGGGGAGAAGCCCUACGUCUGCAGGGAGUGUGGGCGGGGCUUUAGCGUUAAGUCAAGCCUCCUCAGACACCAGAGGACACACACAGGGGAGAAGCCCUACGUCUGCAGGGAGUGUGGACGGGGCUUUAGCGAUAAGUCAAACCUCCUCAGACACCAGAGGACACACACAGGGGAGAAGCCCUACGUCUGCAGGGAGUGUGGGCGGGGCUUUAGCGAUAAGUCAAGCCUCCUCAGUCACCAGAGGACACACACAGGGGAGAAGCCCUAGUCUGCAGGAAGGAUGAGUAAGUCAUUAGUAAUAAAACCUUAUCUCAAUAGACACAAGAAGACAAAUGUGGUCACCGUACACUUGCACACCGCAGCUGUGAGGUGGCUUCAGCGGAAGUCUGCUGACCCCUUAUAUUCCCCGAGAGUAUAAAGAGAUCGGAAAUAACUAAUUAAACAAAUCCGCCACUUUCCCGACUAGAGAUGAGGAAGAACAGGGGAUAGUUCUGUAAGUGUUUGGGGGACGUCAGCA